AUGGGAUUUUAUGAAGAUAUUAGUGACAGAUAUGGACCUGAAACAACAAGACAAUUGAAGAUAUGGAGUAAUAUAAACAACAAGUUGGCAUCAGCACGAAAUAGGAGGAUAUUCUUGCUUGAAUGCAAGAGACAAGGAGUAAUACCGAAACAUAUUGUAGGUAACUUGAAGAACGUAAUGGGAUUAUUUGAAUUCAGUAAUGGAAAACUAAAUAGAAGCUUAAGAGAAUUCAAUGACAGAACAAUUAGAAAGAUACUAAAUUUGGAAAUAAGUCAGGUAAAUUAUAAGAUAACCAAACUAGAAGUCAAGAAAGAAAACAUCCUCGCUAAUUUAGAACACGUACCAAAUAGUAUAAUUAUGGAAUAUAGUCGUAGAAUGCACAUAAUAUACAAUAAAAAUUUUCAUAAUAUUAAAACAACAAAUUUAAAAAAGAUUAAUGAUCUGUGUAUGAGAAAGCAAAAUCCAGUAGAAAUACAAGAGAGAUGGAUAAAAAAUCUUACAAACAAACCCCUUCCAACAACAGUAAAAAAUAUUUUAUCACUUGGAUCUAAAUUCAGUGUACCAACAACGAAAAAAGAUAUCAAAGUAGAUAAUCUUAUUGCGGACCUAGAAUAUGCCCUACUAACAGUACCUGAAGACAGAAGAGAUGUACUCAGAGCAAGAGCGACAAAUAUGAUUACCAAUUUCACCCACGAAAACAACAAAUCGGAUACAUUCAUUCAAAAAUGGUACAAGGACACAAAGAAAUUUUUGAAAGAUAACGAUGAUAUUAUAGUAUUAGAUAGUGAUAAAGGAGGUGUGACAGUCAUAAUGGAAAAAACCGAAUAUGAAAAUAAAAUACAAUCUCUACUUGAUUCGAAAGAUUUUAAAAAAUUACCCAGGGAUCCAACACAAAGUAUACAACAAAAAUGCAAUAAAUACGUAUCGAAAAUGCAUGACAAGGGGUACAUUACAGAACAACAAGCUAAAAAACUCAAAACAUACAAUUCCACAUGUCCUAGAAUAUACGGAAACCCGAAAGUCCAUAAGCCAGAAAACCCAUUAAGACCAAUAAUAUCCAGUGUGAAUAGUCCCAUGACAAAACUGUCGGAACUUAUGGCAGACAUCUUAAAGUCAGCAUACAAUACAGAAAAUGAUUACUAUAUUAAAGAUACAUUCGAUUUUGCAACACAAAUAAAUAAUUUUCAACUACCUAAUAAUCAUAAAAUAGUAUCAUUUGAUGUUGUAAAUCUAUUCGGAAACCUAGAUAAAAACAACAUAAUUAGAAUUUUGGAAAAAAAGUGGGAAACAAUUCAACAUCAUACAAAGAUGGAUAAAGAUCUGUUCUUAGAAAUAAUUCAAUAUAUCCUGGAAAAUAAUUAUUGCACUUUCCGAGGAAAAUUUUAUCAGCAGAUUUUUGGCUGUGCUAUGGGGUCCAAAUUGAGCCCGAUAUUGUCGUUAUAUGUUAUGGAUGAUCUACUGGAUGAGUGCACAAAAAGAUUAAAUUUCAAAGUUCCAUUCUUGAAAAAAUUUGUGGAUGACAUCAUUGCAGCAAUACCUGAAGAUCAAAUUGAACAAACCCUUGAAUGCUUCAACGCCUACAACAAAGAUUUACAGUUCACAAUCGAAAAGGAAGACAAUGAUCAAGGAGUUCCAUUCCUAGAUACCAAGAAAAACCACCUCAUCGAAUAA